AUGACUACCGCACAGCAUAUGCCUGCCAAGGCUUACAGCAGUGACAAUGUGCACCACCGACCGAAAGGUGAAAUUGUUUUUCUACGUCUACCGUGGAGUAUCCUAAAGAACUCUCGCUCGUUUCAACACGUCUCUGUCGCGGACAUGGUCAGCGCUCCAGCCACUAUUCCGCCACCUCUCCAAGAAUCCGCCGACACCAACGAGCUGACGCUCCAGAAUACUCUGCAAAACGCCGGCCCGAGGCGCCGAUCUUCCACCUCCACCCAGCCUGGCCAGACCUCUCGCCGGCAGUCUGAGGCAAACAUGAUGGACGAAGAUAAUUCUCCCCGUUUGAAGUGGGAUGAGGCAAACCUGUAUCUCACCGAGCAGGAGCGCACGGCGAAAAUGAAGAUUGAUGAGCCCAAGACACCAUAUGCCCCGCACUACGACCCAGCCGAGGAUGACGAGGAGAUGCGGUUGGCGGAUGCACAGGAUGCCUUGAUCGAUGUCCAGGGUAUUGUGGUUGAUGAGUUUGACAAGGGCAAGACUGUGCACAGGAAGGGUGUCUCAGAGGACGAUAUUCCAGAUUUGGAACUCGGCGAGCCGGAGGAGACGCAUCACGCGGGCGAGCCUGCUCAGGACCCCCGCGUAUUUCGCCAACGGAGCAUGAGCAACGAGUCCACGAAGAGUGAGAAACAUGUCCACGUGGGUACCGGGGCCAAUGGCGAUGCUGUGCCGGGUGACGACGAUUUAAUUACGACCGAGGAGGCAAAGGAGAAGCACCGGAUAUUUGAAAACCAGCGGAAGAGACAUUAUGAAAUGAGAAACAUCAAGGAUCUGCUUGCUCAUCCCGCAGAUCUGGAUGAGAUGGAUGAAGAUGAGGCCGAACCCGGCCCCUCUCCCGCUAUGCCCCAUAUGCCGUAG